AUAGAUCUGAUGAUUGAUUUGUAACCUUGCUCGAUUUGGACGGAUCUCAUAAGGUUGUAUUCUAUCUCUGCAGAUUUGAGGACUCCAAUCUAGAUCUAAUUAAGACGAAGAUCGAGAUGGUGACCACUUGCUGUGGUGGCGGAGCCGCGGAGGAGCAACAAUUGAUGGUGGUGAGUUGAAUCGGAAGGUAGGAAACUUGGAUGGAGAAGCUGGAGAGAAGAGAAGGCUGUGUUUUUUUUAAAGGACUAGACAGGCUGUGUGGUGACAGGAGGAUUAGCUGGAGGGUAAAUUUGGAAAGCCAAGGUUAUUUUCAUUCCACCUAAAUUUGCGCACCAAGUCAAAGCGGGAAAAUUAAUUAUGAACGGAGGGAGUAUGUUUUAGUGGUAAAUUAUUCUUGGAAUAAUCAAUUUAACCGUACCAUGCCAAAGCUUCAAACGGUUCUUCUCUGCCAGAAGAAAAUUAGUGGACGAAGAUCAAUCUUCAUCUCUUCAAAUUCUUGAGGAAAUUAAGGGGAAACAAUGUCUCGUGCACUUUAUCAGUUCCCUCAUAUGCCGAGCAAACGAAGGCCCGAAGAUCUUGAGAUUUCCAACGUCUACGCCCUGCUCCCAAUGAAGCGGCUCUGCUCGAUCGUGACCGCCUCAAAUGCGGACAUGUUGUUCCUUGCCGCCGAUGAAGAUCUCGAUAUUUACUAUUCAACCCCUCAAAUCAAUUUGAAGCACCAUUUCAAAUCGAUUAUUUGAAAUGUUUAGCACAAGAUGACAGACGAAAGCUGUUCGGAGUAAUUAGAUACUCCUCUCCAAUUUGAUUAUAAAUUGUGGGUUACAGA